AUGUCCUCCCGAAGAGAUUCAGAUCGAUUGGCAAAGAUUUUUACACUAUCAAAGAGAAUUCAACAAACAACUGAAAAACAAUAUGCUCAAGUGAAAAAGGUUGUUGAGAAGGAUACAGAAUUAAUUCAUGCAGCUAAAGAAUUACGUGAAAAGAGAUUAACUACAAUUAGUUCAGCGAAUUAUCGUUAUAUUUUAGAUCAAAUUGCUAUUAUUUUUGGCCUUGAAACUGAUGAAGUAAUUACCGGUAUUAUAGAUCACGAUAUUUACGUUAAAUCAUUUUUAAAAAUAUUUGAUUCAAAUGAAACUUUGGGAAUAUUUUUCGCCUAUGAGAUAUUUAAAGGUUAUCCUUUAGAAUCAGGUCGUUUUUCACAAAAAACACGUAAUACGGAUAUAAAACGUUGUAUAUGUUUUGAUACUAAAACCCCAACAAAAUUUAAUACUUUUGCUUGUGCAUAUAAACGAAAUAUAAAACAAGAAAUUGAUGGUAAUAAUCAAGUUGAUGAAAUUGGUUUUAUAGAUAUGACAAAUGAAAAUUCAACAUCAUUAUUUGUAACUUAUAAUUUUUUUGUGAACUGUGCCGUGCCUGCUAUUAAAGCAAAUAUCAAUUAUGAUACAUAUGUACAAUUUCUGAAUUCAUCUAACGAUAUUGUUUACAAUACGCUCGAAUUUGAAGUUGAUCAAAAUUUAUACAAAGGGCAUUUGUUGGUUCCACAUGAAAUAAAUGAAACUUCAAAAAAGGUUAGGCUUGUUAGAAAAGUUGAAAAAUUUUUUGGUGAAUGGAUGCAAUUAAUUGAAAUUGUUCAAGUUAAAGGUCAUGAACUUGAAAGGGAUACCCCAGAAAGCGGACCAAUGCAAUUAUAUGAAUAUUGGAGAAAAAUGUUAAAUCGGUAUACAUUUAUUGUAGAAUUUAUUUCAACAAAACUUUUUAUUAGCCAUCAUCAAUGCUUAAUACAAUCGCAAUCAUCUAAACUUUUAAAGAAAUGGAAUCAAUUAGAUAAUAGCUUGACAGUUUUGUUAAAUGAAGCUAGAGAUAAUGUUCAUUAUAUAAAAACAUUGCAAAAAUUUUGGGAACCUUUAUAUAGAAAUAAUUUGCAUGAAAUUAAUAAAUGUCUUUCUGGUUUGCUAAUGGCUAUUAGAAAUGUUUCAAAAACUUCAUUUUAUUUUAAUAAAUGUAGUAAUAUUACAAGUUUAUUUGUUAAAAUAACAAAUCAAUUAACAAUUGCUUGUAAUAAAUUUUUAACUAACGAUAGCAAAAAUAAUAUUUGGGACAUGCCGGCAGAUAAAUUAACAAAAAAUAUCGAUUUAUGUGAACAAUUGUUACAAUAUUAUGAAAAAUUAUUUUAUGAAACAGCUAAUGACAUGAAAUUUAAUGAAGAAAAACCUUGGGAAGUAUCUCCAACUUAUAUAUUCACGUACUUGGAAAAAUUAUUGAAAAGAUUAAAAAAGAUAAGAGCUGUAAUACAAACUGAACUUCAAUUUAAAUAUUUGGAACGGAUAAAAAUUGCUGGUACAGAAUCGUUUGCUGAUCAAAUAAAAUCUUUAAGAACUAAAAUAAUCAUGGAAAAUGAAGAUGUUUUAAAUUAUCGAGACAAUCAUUUCGAUAAAGAUUUUGAAAUAUUUAUUAAAAAUGUUGAUCAUGUUGAAGAUAAAUUAAGAGAAUUUCUGAAGAUUACUAUACAGCCAAUUCAAAAUGUUGAAUCUAAGUUAUUAAUAUUGAAAAGAUUCAAAAGGUUGCAUUUAGACAGUUUAUGCUUAGAUCGACGUUAUUUAGAAAUUUCAGUUGAAUUAGAAAAGGAAAUAAUGAUUUUAAAGGAUAUUUAUAAUGAGGACCGAAAAAAUCCGCCAAUACCACGUAAUUCACCACCAAUAAUGGGACGAAUAAUGUGGAUAAGAAUGCUCAUUAAGAAAAUUGUCAAAUUAAUGGAUGCGAUCAAUCAAAGACCAUGUGUUAUAAAUCAUGCAAAGUGUCAAAGAACAAUACAUUUUUAUAAUUAUAUGAUGACUCUUUUAUACCAUUACGAAAUAACACAUCGUAAGACUUUCUAUGAUUUUUCUCAAGAAGUUCAAAAUCUAAUACAUGUUCCAGUUUUAACAAAAAAGAAAAUUCAAGCUAUUUACAAUGUUAAUUUGCAUAAUAAAGUUUUUGAAUUGGCAAGAGAAACAGAAUGUGCAUGGAAAUUAAAAUUAGAUGUGCCAAAAGUUGCUUUUGUAAUAACAUUCUGCAAGGAAAAAAUAUUUGGACCUCAUUAUAGAUUAUUAUCUCUCAUAAAAAAAUAUACGAAUUUUCGAAAUUCAAUUUCUUCCACAUUCAUUAAUAUAAUGAGAUUCCAAUUGAAAGAGAGUGAAAUUGCAUUCAAACCUGGUUUGUUUGAUAUAACGUGGACAUCAGAAAAAUUAGAAGAUUUUAUUUGUACUGCCGAAGAAGUUUAUAAACGUAUAUCAAAUUUUUAUGAAAACGUUAUAUCAAUUCAAAAUGUACGGAUUUUAAAAGAAUUAAACUAUAUUUCAAGAGAAAAUCUCGUAUAUAUUCCAGAUGAACCGAUUUCAGCUAAAAUGUACUUAUUUGAAAGCAAUAAGCUUCGGCAAAAAGUUGAACGUGAAAUAGAAAAAAAAUCUAUCCUAAUUGAAAGAGCAGUCAUUGACAUAAAUAAUAUGUUUGUUGAUUUAUUAGAUGUUCCACCAUUUGAUUACAAAGGUAGAAGAGUAUUUGCUUUACCUUUAGAUCAAAUAACAGCUAUGAAUUGGAAAAUUGAAGGAGAAAUGCCAGUUAAUAAAUAUGAUUGGAUACAAUUUGAUAAAAUAAAUCGACCAGUAUUUUUCCCAACUGAAGAAAACCGUCUCACGAUGUGCUCAAAAUCAUUUGAAACAAUACGCUAUGAAUAUGCAACAUUAAGAAAUGAUUGUAUGGAUAUAUUUGCUUAUAAUAAUUCAAAAAUGAUAACAGCAUUAGUCCAAUGCUCAAAAAAGUCUUUAGAAUUAAUUAAAAAUUCUAUUUUAAAGUUUGAUUGGAAGCAAGAUACAAAAUUAUUAAGACCGAUUUUUUUUUCUGAAAUGGAUAUUAAAGAGGAAAGCGGUUGCUUUAUAAUGCCAGACAUAAGAGUAAUGCAAGAAUAUUUUAAACAAGCAGUGGCAAAUUGUAUUGAAGUGCAUUAUUUUGUUACAACAUGGGGAAAACAAGCCAAAAAUUAUGAACGGAAAAUGAGAAAAGUCACUCCAGAUGAAAAUCGCCAUGAAAAGAAUUAUUACAAAUCUGUAGAAGAACAUAAGGAUGUGAGAAGAGCAACUCAUAAUGUUGACAAUGGAAUUUUAAUGUUCCAAUCUGAUAUUGAUGAGCUCUUAACAAAUGUUUUUGAAAAGCAUAAGUUCUUGUGGGAUACCAAACGAGAUGAAAUAAUUUUCAAUUUUGUUGAAGAGGAUCCAUUACUCGUUACAAUUCGUGAUAAAUUUGUAGAAUAUGAACGAAUUUCUGAGGAAAUAAGAAAUUCUAAUACAGCAGAUUAUAUUGGACCAAUAGAAAUUCGUAAAGACAAAGUUAUAAAAUUUUGCUGGGAACAAUCAAAGAAGUGGAAGAAAAUACUUGGAAAAUUUUUAAGUAGCAAAUACAAAAGGAAACUGGAAAAUAUGAUUGAAUUUAUUAAAGAAGUUGACAUUAUCUUAGUGAAAGACAUAAAAGAUUUAGAUGAUGUUAGAUUAGUAAUGCGUUAUCUAGAAAGGGUUGAAGACGUUUAUUUACAAAUGGAAUUUGAACUUAAUCUUAUAGUUGAUGUUUAUGAUUUGUUCACACAAUUCCAAAUAAAUAUUGGACAGGAUGAUUAUGAUAAAGUUGAUAGCUUAAGAAUCAGAUACAAUUUAAUGUUGGAGCAUACAAAGUCAGUUUCAAGUAGAGUUGCUGAAAUGAGCAGUAUAUUACAAGUUGAAUUGGAAACUGGUAUUGCAACGUUUGCAGCUGAACUGAAUCAAUUCAAUGAGGAUUAUGAAAAUAAAGGACCUAUGAUUCCUGGAUUAACAGCAAAAGAGGCUAGUGACAGAACAUUUAGUUUUCAAGCCCGAUUUGAUGAUUUAUAUAGAAAAUUUGAGAUGUACGCUAGCGGAGAAAAAUUAUUUGGUUUGCCAGAAUCUUCAUACCCAGUACUAGAAAUUAAGAAACGGGAAUUUAAUUAUUUAACAAAAUUAUACUCAUUAUAUUUGAGUGUGCUCAAAACCAUUGACGAUUAUUAUGAAAUGCGAUGGACAGCUGUAGAUAUUGAAGCCAUGACAACUGAAUUAGCUGAUUUUCAAUUAAGAUGCCGAAAAUUGCCGAGAGCUAUGCAGAGUUGGCCUGCUUAUAUAGAUCUUAAAAAAAAAGUUGAUGAUUUUACUGAAACGUGCCCACUUUUGGAACGAAUGACAGAUAAAGCAAUGAAACCAAGACAUUGGAAACAUUUAAAUAAUAUUCUCAAAACAAAUUUUAAUAUUGAAGAUCCUAAACUAACACUUGGUAGAAUUAUGGAUGCACCAAUAUUGGCAAAUUCGGAAGACGUUGAAGAUAUUUGUAUAGCAGCUAUUAAAGAAUUAGAUAUUGAAGCUAAAUUGAAACAAGUAAUUGCCAAUUGGACAAAUGUAAAUUUACAAUUUGCGCCUUUUAAGCAACGUGGAGAUUUGGCACUAAAAGGUGCAGAAACAAUGGAUAUUAUUACAGCUAUUGAAGAUGAUCUUAUGGCUAUGAAUUCAUUAGCAACAAAUCGUUAUAAUGCACCAUUUAAAAAAGAAAUCUUACUUUGGGUUUCCAAGUUAGUGAAAACAUCUGAAACAUUGGAGAAAUGGUUAACGGUACAAAGUUUGUGGAUGUAUUUAGAAGCUGUAUUUGUUGGUGGUGAUAUAUCAAGGCAAUUACCAAUGGAAGCAAAACGUUUUGGAAACAUUGACAAAGCCUAUGUAAGAAUAAUGUUGCGUGCUAGAGAAACGUCGAACGUUAUAGAAUAUUGCACAACCGAUGAAGCUUUAGAAAAUAUUCUUUCUUAUCUUCUUGAACAAUUGGAAUCGUGUCAAAAGUCUUUGACUGGUUAUUUAGAAACAAAAAGGCUUGUGUUCCCAAGGUUUUUCUUUGUUUCAGAUCCUGUGUUGUUAGAAAUUUUGGGACAAGCUUCUAAUCCUAAAACUAUUCAAUCUCAUUUAUUAAGUUUGUUUGAUGCAAUGGCUUAUGUAGAUUUUCAAGAAAAGAGUAACAAUAUAAUAAUAGCGAUGAACUCAGCUAAUCACGAGAAAGUUUUAUUUGAAAAUCCAGUUCAUUGUACUGGUAAUGUUGAAAUCUGGAUUGGAAAAUUACUAAAAGAAAUGCAAAAUACAAUGAAAUCUUUAUUAGCUGGUGUGGCUCUUCAACUCAAUAUUGCAGAUUUUAAUUUUGUUCAGGAAUUUCAAGGUUGGUGUGGCCAGGCUGGUUUACUAGGUGUAAAUUUAUUGUGGACAAAAGAUGCCGAAAUAGCUUUGAGAAAAACUAAAAUUGAUAAAACUAUAAUGAAAAGAACUAAUAUGAAAUUUUUAAAUUUAUUAAAUGCUCUUAUUGACCUUACCGUUAAAGAUUUAUCAAAAUUAGAUAGAAUUAAAUUUGAAACUAUGGUAACCAUACAUGUUCAUCAGAGAGACAUUUUUGAUGACUUGGUACGUAUGAAAAUCAAACUUGUAACAGAUUUUGAAUGGCAAAAACAGGCACGUUAUUAUUACUAUGAAAAUAACGACGAUGUGAUUGUAGGAAUAAGUGAUGUUAAUUUCAUUUAUCAAAAUGAAUACCUUGGUGUUGUUGAACGAUUAGCCAUCACCCCUUUAACUGAUAGGUGCUAUAUAUCUCUAGCACAAGCUAUGGGGAUGUGUAUGGGUGGUGCUCCAGCUGGACCCGCUGGAACCGGCAAAACAGAAACUACAAAAGAUAUGGGAAAAGCAUUAGGAAAAUAUGUUGUAGUGUUUAAUUGUUCAGAUCAAAUGGAUUUUCGUGGUCUUGGUAGGAUAUAUAAAGGUAUUGCUCAAUCAGGUUCUUGGGGUUGUUUUGAUGAAUUUAAUCGAAUUGAAUUGCCAGUACUCUCAGUGGCAGCACAACAAAUUAAUAUUGUUUUAACAGCCAAAAAAGAAAAAAAAACAACGUUCUUAUUCAGCGAUGGGGAUUUAGUGAGCUUAAAUCCUGAAUUCGGUCUUAUAAUUACUAUGAAUCCAGGAUAUGCAGGCCGGCAGGAAUUACCCGAAAAUCUAAAAAUACAAUUUCGAACAGUUGCUAUGAUGGUACCAGAUCGGCAAAUAAUUAUGAGAGUUAAAUUAGCCAGUUGUGGAUUUCGAAAUAAUGUUAUAUUAGCACGAAAAUUUUAUACUCUAUAUAAAUUGUGUGAAGAACAAUUGUCUAAACAGGUUCACUACGAUUUUGGUUUGAGGAAUAUUUUGUCUGUGUUAAGAACUUUGGGAGCUCAAAAACGUGCAAAUCAAAAAGAUACGGAAGAAACUAUUGUAAUGAGAGUUUUAAGAGAUAUGAAUGUAUCAAAAUUAAUUGACGAGGAUGAAGGUUUAUUUUUAUCACUGAUUGAUGAUAUGUUUCCGGGAAUAAAAUUAACAACAGCAGUGUACAAGGAUUUACAAAAGGCAAUAUCUGCAAAUGUUAAGUUAUUAAAUUAUGUAAAUUCUCCUUCAUGGAAUUUAAAAGUAAUUCAAUUAUAUGAAACUUCGCUAGUUAGACAUGGUCUUAUGAUGAUGGGGCCAACUGGGUCUGGAAAAACCAGUUGUACAAAUGUUCUAUUAAAAAGUUUUACAGAAAUGGGAAAACUUCAUAAAGAAAUGAGAAUGAACCCUAAGGCAAUAACAGCACCACAAAUGUUUGGUCGUUUAGAUGCAGCAACAAAUGAUUGGACCGAUGGAAUUUUUUCAACUUUAUGGAGGCGAACUCAUAAAAUUAAAACGUCUGAAAAUUGUUGGUUGGUUUUGGAUGGUCCUGUUGAUGCUGUUUGGAUUGAAAAUUUAAAUUCAGUUCUCGAUGAUAAUAAAACAUUAACAUUAGCUAACGGUGAUCGAAUUAAAAUGGCUGAAAAUAGUAAAUUACUUUUCGAGCCAGAUAAUGUUGACAAUGCAUCUCCAGCUACAGUAAGCCGAAUGGGUAUGGUAUUCUUAAGCUCAUCGGUGUUAAGUUGGGAUGUGUAUGCACAAGCUUGGAUUAAUAAUCGAGAUGAUAAAGCUCCAAUUUUUCAGAAAUACUUUGAUAGCCUUUACAAUGAUACACUUUCUUUUGUACAAAAGAAAUUAAUUUCAAAAAUGAAAAUUCUUGAUGCGGUUUACAUAAGACAAACGCUAGCAAUAUUAGAUGGGCUUUUAUUAGAGCAAAAUAAUAAUACUGAAAAAUUUUUCGAAAGAAUAUUUUUAUUUGCUGUCAUGUGGAGCUUGGGAGCUGCACUUGAAUUGAAUGAAAGGCAGAAACUAGAAAGUUACUUUAAUAAACAUCCAUCCAGAUUAAGAUGGCCAAAACUUUCACCCGACACAUCCAUAUUUGAAUAUUAUGUAGAUGAGCAAGGUAAUUGGCAGCAUUGGACAAAAAAAAUUGAAGAUUAUAAAUAUCCGCAAGAUUCAAUACCUGAAUUUGCCAGUAUAUUGGUACCAAAUGUGGAUAAUAUAAGAACUGCAUUUCUAAUUGAAACUAUUGCUAAACAAGAAAAAGAAGUUCUAUUGAUUGGUGAACAAGGCACAGCUAAAACCGUUAUGAUUAAAGGUUUUAUGAACAAAUAUGAUCCCGAUUCACAUUUAAUAAAAUCAUUUAAUUUUUCAUCUGAGACAUCACCUAACAUGUACCAAAGAAUUAUUGAAUCAUAUAUUGAGAAGAGAGUAGGCUUGUCUUAUGGACCACCUGGACAAAGGAAAAUGACAGUAUUUAUAGAUGAUAUUAAUAUGCCAAUGGUAAAUGAUUGGGGGGAUCAAAUUACGAACGAGAUUGUUAGACAAAUGAUAGAACAAGGAGGCUUCUAUUCGUUGGAACGACCAGGUGAUUUUAUUAAUGUGUUAGACAUACUGAUAGUAGCAGCCAUGAUUCAUCCCGGCGGUGGUCGAAAUGAUAUUCCGAACCGGUUAAAAAGACAAUUUUGUAUAUUUAAUUGUACGUUGCCAAGCAAUAAUUCAAUGGACCAAAUUUUUAGAAAAAUUGGAGAAGGUUAUUUUUCAGAAACACGUUUCAAUAAAGUAAUUGUAAAAGUUAUACCGCUGUUGAUUCCAUUGACAAGAAUUUUGUGGCAAAAUGUAAAAAUGAAAAUGUUACCGACACCUGCAAAUUUUCACUAUGUUUUUAAUCUAAGAGAUUUAUCUCGCAUUUGGCAAGGUAUGUUAUUGAUUAAAGGAAACGAAUGUACCGAAGUUGACGACUUAUUAAAGUUGUGGAGACACGAAUGUUACAGAGUCAUGGCGGAUAGAUUCACUUCUAUUGAAGACUUUCAAUGGUUCGAAAAGCAAAUUGAAAGAGAUGCUAAAGCUAAUCUUGGUGAUUUAUUCGAAUAUUUCGACAAUACCGAAACCUACUUCGUUGAUUUCUUAAGAGAUCCUCCAGAAGCAGUUGAUGAAGAAGAAGAAGUUUGCUUAGAAGCCCCAAAAAUUUAUGAAGAAAUUCCUGGAUAUGAAGAGGUGGAGAACAGAGUUAAAAUGUUUAUGAACCAAUUCAAUGAAAAUAUUAGAGGAUUUUCUUUAGAUCUUGUAUUUUUUCAUGACUGCUUAAAGCAUUUAAUGAUUGUUUCAAGGAUAAUAAGGAUGCCAAGGGGCAAUGCUUUGUUAGUUGGAGUAGGUGGUUCUGGAAAACAAAGUAUAACAAGAUUAGCAUCGUUCAUUGCUGGAUAUAAAUUUUUUCAAAUAACCUUGACCAGAGCGUAUAAUGCAACUAACUUAUGUGAGGAUUUAAAAUCUUUGUAUAGAAUUGCUGGAGUGUUAGGCCAGGGUAUUACAUUCAUAUUUACUGACAAUGAAAUUAAGGAUGAAGGGUUUUUGGAAUACAUUAAUAAUAUUUUAAGUUCUGGUGAAAUUGCUAACCUUUUUUCAAAAGAUGAGUUGGAUGGAAUCACAAACGAAUUGACUUUGCCUAUGAAAAAAGAAUUUCCAAAAAGACCGCCUACUGCAGAUAAUCUAUAUGAAUAUUUCAUUUCCAGGUCCCGAUUUAAUUUACAUAUAGCAUUAUGUUUUUCUCCUAUUGGUGACAAAUUACGUGCCAGAACGUUAAAAUUUCCGGGAUUAGUUUCUGGAUGUACAAUUGAUUGGUUUCAAAAAUGGCCUGAAGAUGCUCGUAUUGCAGUUUCGAAUGACUAUUUAAAAGAUUUUCAGCUAGUGUGCACAGAUGAAGUGAAAUUUCAAGUAAUCAAUGAAAUGAGUUUCAUACAUGAAUCAGUAACACAAGCAUGUGUCAAAUAUUUUGAUCGUUUUCGUAGAUCGACUUUUGUAACCCCAAAAUCCCUAAUAUCAUUUUUAAAGUCUUAUCGUGAAAUGUAUGAUGAAGGGAAGAGUGAUAUUGAAAUGCAAUCAACUCGAAUGAGUUCUGGUCUGUAUAAGCUUGAUGAAGCGGCAAUAUCUGUUGAGAGUUUAAAAAUUGAUUUAAUUGAAAUGAACAAAAUUAUUGAAUUGGCGACACUUGAUACUAAUAAAGUACUAGAAGAAGUCACAAAAUCUAGUGAAGCGGCUGAAAUAGUAAAAGCAGAAGUAUCUCAGAAAAAAAAAUCCGCUGAAGAACUGGUCACAAUAAUAUCAGCCGAUAAAGCAAUUGCUGAAGAAAAGUUAGAAGUUGCAAAACCGGCACUUGAAGAAGCUCAAUCAGCCUUGAAUACAAUAAAAGCUGCUGAUAUAGCCACUGUAAGAAAGCUUGGAAAACCUCCAUAUCUUAUUACAUUGAUUAUGGACUGUGUUUGCAUAUUGUUUAGAAAACCUUUAGAUAGAGUUAAACCGGAUAAAGAAAAGAAAUUUUUAAUACCGUCUUGGAAAUCUUCGCUGAAGGUAAUGUCUGACACAAGGUUUUUACCCAAGAUCGUUGAAUAUGCUACCGAUACCAUUAAUGCAGAAAUGAUAGAUUUGCUAAUACCCUAUUUUUCAUAUAGUUUGUAUACAUUCGAAGCUGCAAAGAUAGCUUGUGGUAAUGUUGCAGGCUUAUUAAAAUGGACAAUAGCAAUGAAAGACUAUUAUGGUGUUAAUAAAGAUGUUCUGCCAUUGAAGGCGAAUCUAGCAAUUCAAGAAGCUAAGUAUAACAAGGCUAUGUUUGAUUUACAUGAAGCAGAAGAAGAACUUAAAGCAAAAGAAAAGGAGUUGCAUGAGGUACAAUGUUUAUUGGAUGCAGCUAUAAAAAAGAAAAAUGAUGUUAUGGCUGAAGCUUCGUUUGUUCAAAAUAAAAUGAACGCUGCAACAGCUUUAAUUGAAGGUUUGGGUGGUGAAAAAAUACGAUGGACUGAACAAAUUGCAACAUUCUCAAGUAAAAAAGAUCGUCUCGUUGGUGAUGUACUCUAUCUUACAGCAUUCUUAUCAUACGCCGGGCCAUUUAAUCAGCAAUAUCGUGCCGAAUUACAACAGGAAUGGUUAAAUGAUUUAAUAUUAAGAAAAAUUCCUAUGUCUUCAAAUGUAGGUAUUAUAGAAUCCUUGACAGAUCAAGCUCAAAUAAGUGAAUGGACUUUGCAAGGAUUACCAAAUGACGAUUUAUCAGUCCAAAAUGGAAUUAUCGCUACAAAAUCAGCACGUUUUCCAUUAUUAAUAGACCCGCAAAGUCAAGGUAAAAUUUGGAUAAAAAAUAGAGAGGAGAAAAAUAAUUUAAUUGUAACAUCCUUAAAUAACAAAUACUUCCGUAAUCAUAUCGAAGACGCUGUCUCUCUCGGGAUUCCAUUAUUAAUUGAAGACAUUAAUGAAGAUUUAGAUCCAUGCUUGGACAAUGUACUCGAUCGAAAUUUGAUAAAAGUUGGUACGCAAUAUAAAAUAAAAAUUGGUGAUAAAGAAGUUGAUUACAAUAAAGAUAUGAGAAUAUAUAUGACAACUACACUCUCAAAUCCUCUAUUUACACCGGAAAUGUUUGCCAGAGCUUCAAUUGUUGAUUUCACAGUUACAUUAAAGGGUCUUGAAGAUCAAUUGUUAGGUCGAGUUAUCUUAAUUGAGAGGAAAGAGCUAGAAGAUGAAAGAAUUUCUUUAGUUGAAACAGUGACGGAUAAUAUGAAGAAGAUUAAGCAACUGGAAAUUGAUUUGUUGCACAAAUUAUCAACUACUGAAGGUAGUUUACUAGAUGAUGUUACUGUUAUUGAAGUAUUAAAUAAAAGUAAAACGACUGCAGUUGAAGUUAAAGAAAAACUGGAGGUCGCUAAAGUCACGGAAGUUAAAAUUAAUAAUAUAAGAGAAGAAUACCGACCAGUAGCGACUCGAGGUAGUCUUUUAUAUUUCUUAAUUUGUCAAAUGUCAAUGGUGAAUUGUAUGUAUCAAACAUCAUUAGGCCAAUUUUUGGAAAGAUUUGAUUGGUCUCUUCAUAAUGCAAAGAAAACUCAUGUAUUAUUAGAACGCAUAAACCGUAUAUUACGGAAGUUGACUUAUGAAAUUUAUCGCUAUAAAUCAAGAUCAUUGUAUGAACAAGAUAAACCAUUAUAUGUUUUAUUAAUGGCUUUGAUUAUUGACCAAAACAGUGGUGUAGUGAAAUAUGAUGAAUUUCAGAAUUUCAUAAAAGGUGGAGCUGCAUUGAAUUUGAAUGAUUGCCCGCGUAAACCACAUAAAUGGAUAACAGAUGAAAUGUGGUUGAAUUUAGUCCAGCUAUCAAAUUUACGACAAUUUCAAAAUAUUUUGAUUCAAGUUGAAAAUAAUGAACGAAAUUGGCGUAUUUGGUUUCAGAAAGAAAAUCCUGAAGAUGAAGCUAUUCCAGAUGGUUAUAGUAACAUUGAUCCCUUUAAAAAACUUUUACUUAUAAGAGCAUUUUGUCAAGAUAGAACACUUUCACAAGCAAGAAAAUAUAUAGCACACUCCUUAGGUCCAUCUUUCGCUGCUCCAAUUAUCUUGAAUUACGACGAGCUCUAUGUCGAAAGCAGAGCUUUUACUCCCAUUAUCUGUUUUUUAUCAAUGGGCUCUGAUCCAUCGAAUAAUAUAGAGCUAUUAGCAAAAAAGAAUGAAAUUAAAUGUUAUGCCAUAUCUAUGGGACAAGGGCAAGAAAUUCAUGCUCGAAAAUUAUUUGAAAACUGUUUUCAAGAAGGUGGUUGGCUUCUAUUACAGAACUGUCAUUUAGGUUUAGCAUAUAUGAACGAACUUUCCAAUUUAAUAGUUGAAUGUGAAAAUAGAAAAUUAGAUCCGAUUGACACUUUUCGAAUAUGGAUAACCACAGAAGUUCAUUCAAAAUUCCCUAUUUCAAUGUUACAAAUAUCAUUAAAGUUUACUAAUGAACCACCAUCCGGUAUACGAGCGGGAUUGAAGAGAACUUAUACAAAUUUGUCACAAGAUUUUCUAGAUGCAAAUGAAUCACUAUUUUAUCAUCCAUUAGUAUUUGCAAUUUCGUUUUUACAUAGUGUUGUACAGGAACGGAGGAAAUUCGGACCUUUAGGAUGGAAUAUACCAUAUGAAUUUAAUUCUGCUGAUUGGUUAGCUAGUUGUUUGUUCAUACAAAAUCAUUUAGAAGAUAUUGAUCCAAAAAAAGGUGUUAGUUGGUCAACUGUCCGUUACAUGUUGGGGGAAGUUCAAUACGGCGGUAGAGUAACUGAUGACUAUGAUAAAUUUUUACUCAAUACUUUUAGCAAAGUAUGGUUUUCUGAUAAAUUGUUUGAUGAAACGUUCUGCUUCUAUAAAGGCUAUAAUAUACUUGUGUUUAAAACACAAGAAGAAUAUUUGGAAGCGAUCGAAUCAAUGAAUCUAUCUGACCCACCUCAAGCUUAUGGUUUACAUUCUAAUGCAAAUAUAACUUAUCAAACAAAUUACUCAAAAGCUAUUCUAAAUGCUAUCGUUUCAAUUCAACCUAGAGAUUUGUCAUCUGGCACCGAAGAAACAAGAGAGGAGAAAGUUGCUAGAUUAACAUUGGAUAUGUUGAAUAAGUCACCAGCUCCUUUUGAUUUAAAUGAAGUGAAAGAACGUUUAAAAUUAAUGGGUGCUUUAAAUUCCUUAAAUAUUUUCUUGAAACAAGAAAUAGAUAGAAUGCAAAAGGUUAUCGUUUUGGUAAAAAAAAUGUUAAAAGAUAUAUUACUUGCACUAGAAGGUACGAUUAUUAUGAGCGAACAAUUGCAAGAUGCCGUAGAUAACAUAUUUAAUGCAAGAGUUCCAAUAUCUUGGAGAAAAGUUAGUUGGGCGUCGUCUACACUUGGUUUUUGGUUCACAGAAGUAAUAAAUCGAUAUACGCAAUUUUAUAAUUGGGCUUUCGUUGGGCGACCAAUAACAUUUUGGAUGUCUGGAUUUUUCAAUCCACAGGGCUUUUUAACUGCUAUGAAACAAGAAGUGGCACGAGCUCAUAAAGGAUGGGCUUUAGAUCAAAUAGCCAUGAUGAACGAAGUUACUAAACUUUUUGAAGAAGAAUACAAAAAACCACCAAAAGAAGGUGUUUAUAUACAUGGAAUGUAUUUAGAUGGUGCUGGUUGGGAUAUAAGAUCAGCAAAACUUGUGGAACAAACAAAUAAAGUAUUAUAUGUACUAAUGCCGGUUGUCUGGGUUUACGCAACAGAUAAUUUGGCAGCAGCUAUUGACCCUAAAGCGUAUAGAUGUCCAGUUUACAAGAAGCUUUCUAGAACUGAUUUAAAUUACAUAGCGCCAUUAUUGCUGUUAACAAAUAAAGAACCAGAGCAUUGGACGUUAAGAGGGGUUGCGCUACUAUGCGACACAAAAUAAUUUCGAAA